AUGGACGAUUGCGUUGGGCGUACGGCCGAUGGCAACCGCGCCAGUAGCGCAUCGCCAGCGAUCGUGCUGCCAAACGGUGUGAUCCUGAACCGACGCGCCAAGCAGGAUACGCACGAUGAGUGUCUGCUGUGCUGGAGCAAACCGCAGGAACCGAGUCGGUGUCCAAACUGCUCGCGCCAGUACUGUCUGCCGUGUGUCACUCGGUGGUUUGGUACGAAGCUAGCACUCGCCGCUGGUGGUGUGGAGUGUCCAAACUGCCGAGAACGGGUGUCACUCGAGAGUCUGGUACGGUGUGUGGCGGAGGCGAACGAACCGCUCACUAAUGGAACCGUGGAUCCGGUCCGGAAUGGGCCAGGUGUCGGGCACAAACCAAACGGAACCGUUGAGACGGGCACACUACGGGUCGUGGUGAAGGUACUUGAGAGUGACACCGUGGGCAAGGUGUCGGAGGACCUCACGAAUGGAUGUCUCACAAACGGUGACUUGGAUUCACCGGUGAUGAAUGGUGGUAAGCCGCUUGGUCUCGACGAUGGAGCUUUGCUGUCGAACGGAAAUUCCUGUGGGGAACAGAUGAAAAAUGGCCAUAGCAAACAGGAACUUCCGUCUCCGAUCGUCUGUAAUGGAGUGUUGCAUUCUGAGGAACCUGCACGCUCAGGCAAAGAUCGUAAGGUUGGGCAGAGUAAUGGCCGUCCGACGGAUAAAGAGUCGAAGGUGACACGUCGGAAUGGCUAUCGGAACAAACACUCGCCCCCGGAAAAGCGACAAGAAGCCUUACCCGUGCAGGAGAAGCCACAUCCGGCUGAGCAGAAUGGAGAACCGACCCCUAACGGCAAUGGAUCAACAGCAAGUUCUGAAAGCGGUCUAUGUCCUACACACGCCCUACCGGUGCUGUUCUUUUGCAUCUCGUGUAACGGAUGCAUCUGCGAGACCUGCGCCCUUCACGACGAAACGCACGCCGAACACACGUUCCGGAAGAUCACCACCGUGUACGACAGCAAGGUGGAGAAGAUCCGCGCCGAAUUCGGUGGCAUCCAGGCGUACCUAACUGACGUCGGUACGGUGCUACGUGCGAUCGAGCAGAACAUCGACUGGGUGCGAGCUUCGAAGGCACGCAAACUGCAAGAGCUCAGCCAACUACUGCACACCGAGGCCGAGAACAUCGAGCGCCAGAUCCAGGCCAAACUGACGUUGCUUCAACGCCAGAAGGACACGGUGGCUGCUGAGAUCGCUCGUGUUACCGGUGCCUAUCGCCGGCUCGAAAGCGAACUAACGUCCUGUCCAAAACCAGAGCUCCUCUUCAAAGACGGUGACUUCCUGCAGCGCUGUGGGCAACUGAUCGAGACACCGGCUUCGAAGGCGUUCCGGCACGAACACGUCCCCGUCGAUCUGGACUGCGAGUUCGUGCCCGAGUUCCGGUCGGAGGUGUUCGUGAUCAAGAACUACCAUGCGAUCGAACCGAUGGAGGAAUGUCGCACGUCAGACGUCCUGCAUGACGUGGUUGGGUUCGGAUGGCGACUACACAUCUGGAAAAGCGAUCACCUCUCGGUAACGCUGAUCAUGACGGAAGGAGUCAUCGGCAGGUACGAAUACUGCAUCGAACUGAUGCACGAAGACCCGACCAAGGCGAUCCGGUUGACGCAGAUCGAUCACUUCGAGCUACACCAGACCGGUCCGGUGCACGAUCUGAUCGAGAACGAGCAGCUUGAGGUGGAGGGCUUUCUUGGGCGGGACGAUGACUCGCUCCAGAUCAAGUUCUCCGUUCGACCGCCCACGAUCGUGAUGGUGAGCCGAUAUCAGCAGGCGUUCAUCGAUCGCUUCACGAAGGACAACGUCAACGAAUACGACUGCAACGUGAUCACGAUCUGCAACAUCCGCGAUCCGACGACGUCGAUCGUACUCUCGAAGCAGUACACCGACACGGUUGGGUCCCGGUGGCGGUUGAACGUGUACCCAAAAGGCAAUAACACCAACCAGCGCUAUCUGAGUACGUACGUUGAGCUGUGUGAUGGUAUCGCCGGAAGGUAUCAGUACACGGUGGAGCUGCUGCAUGACGACGAGACGCGGCAGGUGAAGUUCCAGUCCGAGGAUCACUUCCAGGUGGGCGAAAUUCGAGGCUACCAGAAGUUCAUCCGUGUCCGGCGGUUGCUCGAGGAGGGCUACCUGAGCGAAGACGGUUCGAUCCUGAUUCGUCUCUCGAUUCGUCCUGCCACGUUGGCUCUACGCUGCCAGUACCAGGAGGAGUACCAAACGCUCAAGGAGGAGAAGCUGCGAACUCAAUUUAACACACAGCUGAAUCAGAACCUGAUAAGGAUAAAGUGUUUGCGCGAUGACAACACGUCGCUGCAGGCACUCGUGUACCCCGAGUACACGUCCAACAUCUUCGUGGUGCGUAACUUCAGUGCACUGCGGCAGGCCCAGGAGGAUAUCUGUUCAGAUAACGCGUACGAUGAUCUUGGCUGCUGCUGGCGGCUGAUCGUGUACGCUAACGGCGACAAGGAAGGACGUGAUGAGUGGCUGAGCGUGUACCUGAGACUGCUCGAAGGCAUUCCAGGAAGCUACGAGUACUGCGUGGAGCUGUUGCAUAAUGACGCAGCUAAGACGGUUAAGAUGGAGGGCACGCAGUCGUUCGACAUCCAGGAGCGCUUUGGUUGGACUCGUUUUGCCCGGUUGGACUGGAUCUGUGAGAAUGGGUUCGUCAGUGAGGAGCAGGAUGCACUGUACUUCCGGUUUUCCUUGCGACCGCCGAAUUAUAAGGCGAAGUGCAGAUACCACCAUCUGCUGCGGCUGGAAGCGAAACGGGAGUGUGAGCUGUUGAAAAGGGAACUGAUACCGGCGUACAGUACGAUGACGUACACGUUGCGGAACUUUUCCGAGAUGCAGAGCAAGGACAGCUUCGUGUACUCGGAUCCAUUGUUGGAUGAUUUGGGAUUCUCCUGGAGGCUGCUGAUCUACGCCAACGGACACAAUGAGGCCCGCGGGAAGUACCUCAGCGUCUAUCUCAUCCUCUUCGAGGGUGUAUCUGCCAGCAGGUUCGAGUAUCGUGUGGAACUUCUGCAUCACGGCAACCCAACGGCCAACAUCAAAAUGGAGGGCGUGAACGUGUUCAAGCUGAAGAAGAUCUGGGGCUGGCCGCAGUUUAUGGAUCAUGCGCGACUUCAGGAGGAGGAGUAUCUGGAUCCGUCCAACGAUACGCUCGAGUUCCGGCUGUCGAUGUGCCCGCCGGACAUCAAGCUAAAGUGCGAGUAUCAGCAGGAGUUCAUACGCAAGCUGAAGGAAAACCAGAAGUAGCUGGGUGGUGGCCCAAAACGCAGCCAGCCCACGGUACUGCCAUUCGUGUUCGUAGAAGAGACUUUCGGUGCAUGUCAUGUUACCCGUUGGAACAUGCCACAAGGCCCAAACCGACACGAGCCAAAGAAUGCCGACAGGGAGAAAGUGCUUCUCGGCCGGUGUGGAUCGCGGUUUGGAGCACCAUGUCGUGAAAAUCCGUGCAGAUUUGCGAACAACAACGGCACGGAACAUCCAAACGAGCCUGUCGGGUUUACGGCUGGCGGCGGUUUACGCAAUCGGUUGAGUUCGGUCCAUGAAUGCGACGCAAGAGAGCAGGGAAGAAGGAUACUAACACGUUCCUAGGGCCGCUGCAUCGUCGAUUAGAGGUCGUAGAGGAUCGCGGAUUUUUUUAUUAUUAUUACAAGUUCUUCUUCCAACAACGCAUGCCAUGCGGCUCUAGUGGUGGUAUAAAUCAUAGCUAAUGUUCGAUGAAAACUAGAUGAGCACGGGCGCGAGCGAGAACGAAAGAGCGUUUUUGUGUAUGUGUGAAAGAGAGAGAGAUAGAGAGAGAGAGAGACACAGAGAGUGCAAAGAAGAGAGUGAGAGAACUGCUGCACUGGGGAACGGUAACCGUAUCUAUAUUUUUAGCAUAAAAGUGUAAGGAAUUCGAUACGCGGCAAUAUACGCGACACCGAUGAUGCUGCUGGCGCGAGAUGACGAUCACCGGUGAAAUGGACGAAUAAUUCGAAAUUAGCGAUGGACGGGCGAGACGGGACAGAAGCGAAAUACGGCAUGCACACGGGAUUAGAACCCGAGCGCGUGAGAGGGGGAAAAACAUUGACCAAAGAUAAACCGGAAGAAGGCGAAGCUUAGAGGAUCUUAGCGAUCACAGCGAAAAGCGUGCUCAGCCAGAACACUGGGCGUCCCCAUAAAGAAGGGGAAAAUGAACCGAACAGCCGGCACUGGGUGCUGUUAAGUGGCUCGCGGUGCUUUAUGUUCCUUUUUUAUUAUUUCGACGCGGGAAAAUCGACGGUCGCUCGUACUGCAGAGAAAAACGCGGGACUCUUGCAGAUUGUAUAUUAUAUUUAUUUGCUAGGUUUUGGUUUCUGUACCGCGCGUUAGCUACAUCCUCAUCAUGUGGUCGAUGCGGUUGUAGUUGAAGAUGUGAAAUUUAGGAUAACUGAUACGAAACACGGAUUUCGGUGGAUAUGUAUGCUUUUUUGUAUAUUAUGGUUUAGUACGUUUUGGCCUCUGUAUCUUUGACUGGUAGAAUCUUAAUAUGCGCUAGUUCACUUAAACACGUUGCGCAUAAAAUAGUCGCAGGACCUUUUUCUGAUUAUCGCAUCGUUUACGUAACGGUCAAGGCCGGGGAAUAGGCAAUUAGCUAUGAAUUUAUGAUUAUUAUUUUGCGUUUUUUUCACGUUUAUGUGUUCUUGUUAGGGUCAAAUGGAGCAGUCGAAAGUGAACAGCUGAGUGUUUCUCGAAAAAAAGAAUGCUUUGUGAUCUGCGCCUUGGGUGGGAAAUUGGGGAUAGAUUUUCUUUUUUCUGACAAUUGUGCACCAUGAAACUCGGUUUUCAUU